UCGGCAAGCAUGGCAGCUGGAGACGGUCUGAUUGUAGAGAAUUCCAUCAAGGUGCUCACCCAGAAUGGAGUUUGUCAGAUUGACCUUUGCCUCGGUGACAUCACAAAGCUGAAGAAGGAAGAUGGUGUUGAUGUCCUUGUGGUGUCGGCUUUCAGAGGUAGUUAUGUUGAAUCCAGAACGUCUGUGAUCGGGGCGCUCAGCCGUGGCCUUAACGUCUCUGUAGCCACCCUAGCCCAGGACAAGGAAGAAGACCUACGUUCCCUGUACUCUUGCUGGUGGUCCAAGCCUCUACCAGACCAUCUAGCCUUCAGGAGGGUGCUGUGCUUUGAGACCAGAGGAAAACGUUAUGAUGGCCGCCCUCAGGAGCUGGUCGCAAACGUAUUUCGCUGCUUGGUAUCUAUACUGAAGAAUGAGGAUGGUUCUGUCAUCAGUCCACUUCUCAAUACUGGAGAUCAGGGUUAUGGUGAAGCUAGCAUGUUGAAAGGCAUGGUUCAAGGGGCAGUGGGCUGGAUGAAAGCUGGGCUUCCUCUCCGGGUUUUGAAGCUGGUCCUCUAUUGCAAGGUACAGGAUGGGAAACUGCAGAAGCACUCCCUCAGAUGCUUUGAUACUGUCAUAGCGACUUUCAACGAACUCAAGGAGCGCUUUGAGAUGCAGCUACUUCUACCAAAGGAGAUUCCUCUGGAGUUUGACAUCUACCUGUCAUUCAGUGAGGAGGAUGGAGCGGUUGCCAAGGAGAUCAGGGAGAAGCUGACGGGAGCUAAGGAUGGCAUCCGUAUCUAUGACGGCUCCCAGCAGACCUUGGAUAAGGACAGCGUCUUCCAGCAGGACAUGUACUCUGUCAUGAUGAAGAGUGCCAGGGUUGUCACAGUAUUGACUCCCAACUAUCUUCAGAACAAGGCAUGUGUCGACCAAUACAACAUCGCCCUCUGUUGUAACCGCAGGGCUAACCGUGAUGUGCUGGCUCCAGUCUACGUGCACUCAGUAGAUAUCAUGCCUACGUACAUGGGACUUGUGCAGUACGUGGAUUGCAGGCCUGCUGAUCAGUCUAAGAUCCAGGAAGCAUGCUCGCAGGUGGGCGUUUCCCUCUCUGUCAAACUCCACAAGGAGCUGGCGGUGGCACAUUUUGAUCCGCUCUAUUACGAUAUCUUCCUCUCGUACUCCCACUGUGACAGCGACAAGGCUAAUCGGUUCGUGGAGACCUUCAAGAGCCUCGCCCCUGAGCUGAAGAUCUUCUUUGAUGUACAAGAGUUAAAGACUGGCAAAUCCUGGCAGCGUACCCUCUAUCACUCUAUCGAUGGCUCUCAGUGUAUGCUGGCUCUCAUAUCCACCCCGUACCUCAAGUCAGCUGUCUGCCAGGAAGAGUUUGCUUUGGCUCAGGCCAAGCACUUUUCAAAAGGCAAACAGCACCUACAGCUGAUCCCCAUUUGUCUCGAAAAUCUGGACACCAUCCAACCUGAGUUCACUCACAUCCCGAUGGUCAAGGGAACACCUGAUGUCUUUGAAGAUGUCGUCAAGGUCAUUUGUCCAGCAGUCACUCAGUGGAUCAAGGAAGAGGAGCUGGAUGUAGGCAAGAAUCUUGCUGCUAUCUUUGACAAAGACAAGAUUCCUACUAUAUCACCUGAUGAUGAGAUGGAAGCACUUAGAGCAGCUCGGUUUCAGAAGAACUUUGGCACAAGUGACUCCCUCCUGAAAGAAUCUACCUCAUUUCCACCACCCCUCACGGACAUCCUCCCACACACCUAUGCCCACCCUCCUGAGCAUCUCAUCUUCAGCUUUCACAGCGAGGAUGAGAAGUAUGUUGACUUCAUAGGGCGAGUCCUCAAGCAGGCAGCGCCGGGUUUGCAAUUCAGCGCGGUGCCAAGUAACGUCCAGGAGAAGCUGGAAGAUUUGGAGAAGGCCAACUGCAUCGUACCCAUCCUGUCCCCUCACUACCUGGAGAGCCCGGAAUGUGCGCAGGAGUUCCACGUCGCCAUCGGGAGGCAGAGGAUCGCCAACCCCGACGUGCCGCUGAUGCUCCCGAUCCGAGUCCUUGAGAUUCCUGAGAAACCCACCUACUUCCAUCUAGUGGGUUGUGAUGUCAGCGUGACCGAUGCGAUGUGGCCCAAUCUAGCUGCUACCCUUGGUGACAGAGUGCAUGAUGCGAUGAAGAAGGUUUCUGGAGGGACUGAUCGACAGGCGCUACCCCAUGCUGUCUGUAUCCCUCUUGUGAUGGCUGCUUACAAGAUCUUGCAGAGAUUAGCAGCAGACAUUUCAUCAGACUGCGCGGAUUACCCUGCCCAUGCAGCCCUGGUUAACAUGAUGCGACUGAGGGAGCAGGUGAAACAGGUCAACCAACCAGAGUACACAGAUGACAUCACACAGAAACUUGUGGAGCUCACAGUUGGAGACAAGGCUUAGUUGUUCAAGAGCAGAGGUUGGUGAAUUCAGCUGUGGUCAUGGCUUUGUUCUCCGAUCCUGACAAGUUUCAAUUUAAGAGCGUAAAGCACUCUCCCUUAAGGUCAAUGGAUGCACUUGCCUUUUCAAGGUCACUUUGUGUAAGAAAAAAAUUUAAAAAUCAAAGUUUAAAACAGAGUUUAUUAUUUUCAAAAUGUAGAAUGGCAUGUGUUACUUUUUUUUUUGCUUAAGGCUCAGAAAAUCUUCAUUUAGCAAUCUCCUUCAUUACAAUUUUUUGUAUUUCAAACUUUGAGCAGUGCCUUAUUUGUAUAUUGUGAACUUAUAUUCAUCCAAGUUAAUUUUCAGUGAAUAUGUGAAGAUAUUCCUAGUGCAAUUUGAUAUUAGUUUAUAAUCCAUUCCUCUUUCCAUUCCUAACAAUGUAUCAUCUGUUAAGAGCAAGAAGGGCUUAAAGGGAUAGUUGAGUUCUGUUUUCAUACCGCAAAUGCCUUCAAAGUGCAUGGUUAUUGCUCUUAUUCUUAUCUAUGACAUAUCUAGUGCCCUUUUAGGACCUAAAAUUGCUAUAAAGGUAAUUUUAGACCCCAAAAUGUGUGA